GAGCGCGUGACGUCGGCGCUCAUCCGCUCGCCGCAGCCACCGCCGCAGCCGCCGCCGCUUCAGUGCGCACGUGGCGCCCGCCGAGGCCGGUUCGUCUCCGAGACCGCUGCUGCUUCUGGAGGGCCCGCUGCCGCCGCCGCCAUGAAGCGGCCGAAGUUAAAGAAGGCAAGCAAGCGUAUGACCUGUCAUAAGCGUUAUAAAAUCCAAAAGAAGGUCCGAGAACAUCAUCGAAAAUUAAGGAAGGAAGCUAAAAAGCGGGGUCACAAGAAGCCGAGGAAGGACCCUGGAGUUCCAAACAGUGCGCCCUUUAAAGAGGCUCUUCUUCGUGACGCCGAGCUAAGGAAACAGCAGCUUGAAGAACUAAAGCAGCAGCAGAAACUUGAUAAACAACAGGAAAGGAAAAGAAAACUAGAAGUUAACCCUGGCGAUGAGCAAUCUAACGUAGAACCCCAGCAGGGAUCUGAAGAACCCAAAAGCAAGAAAGCUAAACCAGGCAAACAGAAUCCAAAGAAGUUGCAUUGUCAGGAACUUAAAAAGGUGAUUGAGGCCUCAGAUGUUGUGUUAGAGGUUUUGGAUGCCAGAGAUCCUCUUGGCUGCAGGUGUCCUCAAGUAGAAGAAGCUAUUGUCCAAAGUGGACAUAAAAAGCUGAUACUUGUGUUAAAUAAAUCAGAUCUAGUACCAAAGGAGAAUUUGGAGAACUGGCUAAAUUAUUUGAGUAAAGAAUUGCCAACAGUGGUGUUCAAAGCUUCGACAAACAUGAAGGGUAGACAGAAGAUGCUCAAGGUAAAGAAGAAGAAAGCUGUUCCAUUCCAGAGUAAACUCUGCUGUGGCAAGGAAGCUCUUUGUAAGCUGCUCAGGAGUUUUCAACAGUCAUGUGGGAAAGAUAUACAGGUUGGAGUAAUUGGUUUCCCAAAUGUGGGGAAAAGCAGUAUCAUUAAUAGCUUAAAACAAGAAAGGAUAUGUACUGUUGGCGUUCCUAUGGGACUUACGAGGAGCAUGCAGAUUGUCCCGUUGGACAAGCAGAUCACUAUCAUAGACAGUCCGUGCCUCAUCGUCUCCCCAUGCAACUCCUCUGCUGCGCUGGCUCUCCGGAGUCCAGUGAGCAUUGAAGAACUAAGACCAUUAGAGGCUGCCAGUGCCAUUCUGUCCCAGGCUGACAGUCAACAGGUGGUAUUAAAAUACACUGUCCCAGGGUAUAAGGAUUCUCUGGAUUUUUUUACUAAACUCGCUCAGAAAAGAGGUCUGCACCAAAAAGGUGGAAGCCUGAAUGUUGACAGUGCUGCUAAACUGCUGUGGUCGGAGUGGACAGGUGCCUCAUUAGGUUACUACUGUCACCCUCCUACAUCCUGGAAUCUUUCUCCACAUUUUAAUGAAAAUGUUGCAGCAAACAUGAAGAAAGACUUUAAUCUAGAAGAACUAGAAACAAAUAAUGCACACAGCAUACAAGUCCUGAAGGGCCCUCAUUUAACUAAUAGAAUCCUUUUCCGGUCCUCGGGCCCCACAAAUGGAAUAAUAGAAGAAACAGACAUACCUGAAGAAUUGGCAAGACGGAAAAAAGGCAAAAAGGAUAGUGAAGAUCAAGGGAAUGAUGAGGAAACUGAUGCAGAGAGUUCAGAUGCACCCCCUAUAGAAGACACCAGGGAGUCAACAGCAAAUAAACCAUCGGACAGGUCAUUGACUUUGGAAAAAAUGAGUCAAGAGGAUGACGACUAUGACUUUAAAACAGAUUAUGUAUAACUGUUAUAGAUGUUAAAAUGUGUUGUGUAUGGUCUCCCAGAUGGGCAUAACACAAACUGUAAAUCUUGUGAAUAUGUAUCUUGUGGAUAUGAAUAAGUGUUAACAUGCAUUUGUAUUUAAGAUUUUAUUUAUGACCAGGCAUGUGGUGUGUACCUUUAAUUCCAGCCCACGAUAGGCAGAGGCAGGUGAAUCUCUGAGUUCGAGGCCAACAUGGUCUGCAGAGUGAGCAAGUCCAGGACAGCUAUGGCUACACGGAAACCCCGUCUCAAAAAUAAUGUGGAUAGGAGUGGGUGGAGGCUCUAGAACGCAUUGGAUCUCCUGGAACUAGUAUAUAUAGUGACUUGAUGUGCUGUAAAUGGAACCCUGGUGUUUACAUUCUUAAAAUUUGGGGGAAAACAGUUGUCUGGAAGCAAAGAUUUAUUGGAAAAGGUAGAUUUUAUUUACAAACUGGGCCACAUGUUACAAAAAUAAAGUGAAGCUGCAGUUCCUCCUAACUACAGCUGCUAAAUGAA